CGGCUCCUAUUUUGUUUUACGAUGACCAAUUUCAUCCAACGGUUCCCCUUGAUUUUAAGCAUCGGACGGUGGUCUGUGUUAUUUUAGGGCUUAUGGGAGGAGGAGCGCAUUCUCUCCCCAAAUGUGAUGUUGCCAAGGCGCGGCGCGGUGCUGGCGAGGAUCUCCAGCAAGAAGCUCUUCCAGAAUCGAGGUAAUCUCCGGUCGAUCGCCAGCGAUGGCGGAGGAAUGCAGGCAAUCGACGAGCUGGACGCCAAUGUCGCGGCCGAUCACGAGCGAGCCGCUCGUGAUUACCAGAGCGGCAGCUUGGAGGAAUCGAUCGACAGCGAGUACGCCGAGAGCUCGCGAGCGUCUUACAGGCAGAGCGAGAGCGAUGUCCGGCUGCUCGUGAGCGAAAUCUUGCGAUCCAACGAUGUGGCCUGCGUCAAGGCGAUCCUCCAGAGGUGGCUGCGGCAGAUGAGCGUGGAUCCACUGCGGAGCGCCGCGGCAGUGUCCUACGACGAGGUUGUUUCGGUGGCCAGCGAUCUAGUCCGGGAAUUUGGCACUAGGGGCUCCGUCCAGAUCACGAUGGCAGUCUUGGAUUGGAUGCAGCUCCAAAACUGGUUUCACCUCGACCCAUACUUGCGAAUCCACAUCAUCGACGUGCUUGGAAAGGCUAGCUCUUUCGACAUCGCCGUCCAGGUCUUCAACCAUUUCAUCAAGAUCUCCGUGAAGAAGGACGCGGGCAUGUACAAUGCGCUGCUCCACGCGUUUUGUAAGGCCGGGAAGCUGGAGGCGGUGGACGAUUUGUUCCGGGACAUGAAGCAGUCGAUCCGGCCAAAUCAUCUCAGCUACAACAUCUUGAUGCAUUCCUACGUGAAGGCUGGGCACGAGCUGACAAAGGUGGUGAGUGUUUUCAAGGAGAUGUAUCUUCGAGGCGUCAAGGCCAGUGUUGCUUCAUACAACAUUCUCAUCGCUGCCUGUGCCACCGGGAAGCAGGCAUGGGAAGCGCGGGUGUUCUUCUCAAAUAUGAAGAAGCAGGACCUGGAGCCCAAUGUGAUCACGUAUUCUUCGCUCAUCAAUGUCUACGUUGCUUCAGGCAAUUGCGCAGCUGCGUUGGACGUGCUCCGGGAGAUGGUUAAGGCCGAGGUUAUGCCCAACGUGACGACGUUCUCGUGUUUGCUGCACGGGUAUGGGCAAGAAGGGAAGAUUGAGGAGGCGAUGAAGAUUUUCCAGACCAUGAAAGACCUGGGGAUCGAGCCGUCGGCCAUAACCUUCAACAUCUUGAUGACUAUGUACAGCAAGAGUGGACACCACGCGCUGGCUCAAUCGUGUUUCCACGAGAUGAUCGAGUCUGGACUGGAGCCUACGUAUGUAAGCUUUCUGAGCCUGAUGUACUGCUUCAAGUCCGUUGGAGCAUACAAAGAGGUACUCGGCAUCUACGAUGAUGUCAAAAGAAACUCCUCGCUUUGUAACAUCUAUAUAUUCACCGAAGCUCUUGACGCCUGCGUAAAGUGGGGCAACUGGUCAAAGCUUGAGGGCAUAUUUUCUGACAUGAAAGCUGCGCGCUGCGAUCCAAAUGUCGUUACGUGCACAGUGGUUCUUAUGGCCCUGAGCUCGAAAAACUGCAAAACGGUGGAGGAGGCCACUAUACUGAUAAAUUUUUUCAGGGAGUUCGACUCCAAGCCAAUAAUUAUUCUCCGGUACUUGCUAAUGGAGACACUCGACGACGACCAGGUGGAAGCUCUUGUCUUGGAGCUGGGAAAGGUGAUCAGCCCGGACAACGUAAAGACCUGGAAGAUUUUCACGUCGGGUCUUAUAGACGCGUUAUGGACACUGGGCUGGCACCGCCGCGCGGCAAUCAUCCUUAAGUGGACGCUACAGAGGGGCUACCGCGAGUGCCAGUGCCUGCUAAACCGGCGAGAGUGGAGGCUGGAUUUGAGAAACUUGUCCGUGGGAGCAGCACAAGUUGCCUUCUACCAGUUUUUGAAGUGGCUCGAGGAGGCUGCCCAAGCUACCGCGAGAGAAGACGCUCCAGAGCCAGGCUUUGACAAGAGAUCCGAGGCAUCGUCGCCGGCAGCGCUAGAGAUCUCUCUGGAGGCGCUUGUUCCGGCGGGGCCGAUCGAGAGGGUGUUCCCGGACUUCGUGAACUUUCCAGCGUUUGUCACGGUUGUGACGGGGUGGGGGAAGUUUAGCAAAGUGGAGGGCGAGUCCGUGGUGCGCGAGGCUGUGGAGAGGGAGAUUGUGAAGCUGGGGAUUCCUUUCACGAGACUGGCGGGGAGCUGGAGGAUUGAAGGGCGGAGCUUGAGGAUGUGGCUUCUCACAGCCGACAUGAGCAAGAAGUUGCUUGUGUCGGACUCGGCUGGAAGUUAGCUCAUUUUUCUAUGUUCUAGAAAAGGUUCUACAGUAAAAAUGAAAGCAUGAGAAAGAAAUUUGUUUCAAUGGCAAUACAACACCAUUAACACAUGAAA